AUGGCAACUUCAUCAUCGGCUGAGAUGUUUUCUCAGACCGCCUAUCCCAUUCGCAUAAUUAUUCCCAUAGUUUACACAAUUCUCCUUCUCAUUACACUCAUUGGAAAUCUCUUCAAUCUCUUUGCAUUGUGUGUCUCAACAGAUCAAUACCAACGCAAAAGUAUUCAUGUUCUCAUCUGGAAUUUGAUUGUCGAAGGAACAAUUUGGUCUUCAAUCUUCUCUUUGGUCAAAAUGGUUUCAUUUGCCGACUUAGGUGAACAUUUUGCCUUGAACAAUGGUCGAUGGUUGAGCGAUUCGUGGUGUAAAUGUGAAAUGUACAUUCUGCGAGUCAUGGACUUUCUUCUUGCUUAUACAAUUGUCUUUUUAUGUUUUGAUCGUUGUGUGAAGAGAAGAGUCUUUUGUUAUGGUCAACGAAGAUUUGUCACUGGAAUUUGUAUUUUCAUUUCACUUUGGUUGAUUGUCUCUUAUGCUCUCAUUCCAACUCUCUUUUUUGAUCAACAAUUACAAUCAUUCAACUAUGGUUCAUAUGAAUGUGUUUACAAUGAAACACAAGUCAAUCAACUCACUCGGUUGGAUCUUCAACACAUUCAAACACCCUAUCGAACCAUUUAUCUUCUUGAUUUCAUCUUCGGAAAUGUUUUACCUGCAUUCCUUAUGAUUUUCUUCUUAUUUUUCACAAGUUCUCUUCGUCGAAAAUACAAAUCCAAAACUUAUCAACUUGAUCAUAUUCACGAUGACCAUUGGAAACAAUUGGAUCUCCAAUCAUUCGAUGAUGAACAUCCUCACCUCUUCACAAUGGUUCUUCUCCUUGUUCUCGUCUUUAUAUUUUGUCAAUUUCCCUAUUAUCUUUAUCAAUUGAUUCGAAUUUAUAAUCCCUCCAUUCAAUUGCAUCUCUCAUCAUCGAAUCUUUUGUUUGCCAUCGAUAUUCCAUUGAUCACUCUUCGUCUCAUCAAUCGCGCCAUCAAUCCUUGGCUUUCGUUUUUCUUGGUUGACUCCAUUCGAAAUGCAUCCAGUCAGAUUUGUUCAUCAUUUUGGUGUUGUUCGUUUUUACCUUGCCUUCGUAACCGAUGGUCAUGUUUCAACGAUUGUUCAACUUGUCUUACAAAUCAAUGGUAUGAUGUCACAACAAAUCAACACAUCAUUCGAGAAAUUCGACCAACGGGAAAACUAAUGAAGAAGGAAAAAGUCGAUUCCAAUGGAAAACACAUUCAACAAACGUUUGAAGAAUAUGUUCGAUUUGAUCAUCGACCACGAUCAACACAUCUCAGCGAUGUCAACCCUGCUUUAGUAUUUGCUGGAAAACAUAUGCUAUCAACGAUAAAUACUGUCGCUUACGGAGGAAAUACAAACAGAAUGUAUCAGGAUGAACCAAGAACAGAACUUUAA